GACAAGGCAUGGUGGGGACGCAAGGGGAAUCGGAUUCCGAAAACAAAACCAACACAGGGUUGGAGGCUGGAACGCAAUUCCAACAGUCGAGGAAUAACCCUGACCUCGCAGCAGAGACGAGGAAUUAGGGUUGCGAGCUUUACUGAGUUCAAAUCAAUGGCGGAUUCCAACUCCAAACAUCAGGAUUCUCUGCAGUCGAUAUGUUAUAAGCGCGGGUCACUCCAACUGCUCGAUCAGAGAAAGCUUCCUCUGGAAACUGUCUACUUGGAAAUUAAAGGCGCAGAUGAUGGAUGGCAUGCAAUAAGAGAUAUGGUGGUUCGUGGGGCACCCGCAAUUGCAAUAGCAGCAGCCCUCUCCCUGGCUGUGGAAGUAUCCAACUUAGAGGAUUUUAUUGGGACAUCUGAUGAUGCAGCAUCUUUCCUUAACAGCAAAUUGGACUAUCUUGUUACUAGCCGACCUACUGCUGUGAAUCUUUCAGAUGCUGUAACAAAACUUAAAGGAGUAAUAUCAAAUGCUGCUGCCACUGCUUUUGAAGCCAUGAGUGUUUUUCAGGCUUUUCUAGAGGCUGCUGAAGACAUGCUUAGGGAGGAUGUUGCUGCAAACAGAGCAAUUGGGUUGUAUGGAGCAAGUUUUCUUCAAAGCCAUAUAAAAGACUCUAAGAAUCUGUCUAUUUUGACACAUUGCAACACUGGAAGUCUUGCAACAGCUGGAUAUGGUACUGCUCUCGGUGUAAUCCGUUCCGUUCAUGCUGAAGGAAUUUUACUGAGGGCCUAUUGCACAGAGACACGUCCAUUCAACCAAGGAUCCAGGCUUACAGCUUUUGAGUUGGUGCAUGAUAAUAUACCUGCUACUCUUAUAGCAGACUCUGCUGCAGCUGCAUUAAUGCAGGCUGGACGCGUGGAUGCUGUCAUUGUUGGAGCAGAUCGCGUAGCUGCAAAUGGUGAUACUGCUAACAAGAUUGGGACCUAUUCUCUGGCCUUAAGUGCAAAGCAUCACCAUAUUCCAUUCUUUGUGGCUGCACCCUUGACUUCCAUUGAUUUAACCCUUUCUUCGGGACAAGAAAUUGUUAUAGAGGAAAGAUCCCCAAAGGAAUUGUUGAACUCGCGUGGAGGACUCGGGGAACAGGUUGCUGCAUCUGGAAUUUGUGUUUGGAACCCUGCUUUCGAUGUUACCCCAGCUGAUCUGAUAGCUGGUAUCAUAACAGAGAAGGUCCUUGUCUCCCUCUUUCUUUCUAUUGCAAAACAUGUAUUUAUUGCAUCUGACAUACUUGAAUUAUAUGAUCAGGGUGUAAUUACUAAGACAGGUGAUGUUUUCGACAUCAAGGAUUUCAUACACAAUGCAACCAGUCACUGCUGUAAAUAAGAGAGGCAUCUUUUGCUGGACCAAGUUCUAUCCCAGUAGUAAGCAAAGGUUGUUUACAUCUAACUUGGUGCUUAAAUUGGUUGACUUGCCCACGAAUUCAAUAGAUUUGAGGGUAUGUGCCAUCUUCCAUGUGUAAGCAUGCCUAAUUUUUGGAGUUCUUGUCAGUUUCAGAAGGAUUAAGAAUAUUCUAAGAAAGCUUGUAUUCUUCUUCUGCCAGUGUGAUGUUUAAUGACUGAAUGCUCUAAUAUUUAAUGGUUUUUCACUUUUA